AUGCACUAUUUUGGGGUGAUGGCUGCAUUGUCUGUUUUCAAUAUCAUCACUUGUUUGGCAAGAGGCAAGCCCUUGGAAGCCUGGGGCAAAUUAUCAGCUAUGGAGAAGUCUGAUAAAUCCUUUGGUGAUCCCGGAGAGGUAGAGGGUGAGACCCAUUUCAACUUUAAAACCUUCCUGGAAAACAUGAAAGCGGAUUUCCUGAGGAGUUUGAAUUUAUCGGGCGUCCCUUCGCAAGAGAGGUCUAGAGAGGAGCCACCACAAUUCAUGAUUGACCUGUACAACAGAUAUGCCAAGGACAAGUCUUCCAUCCCUGCAUCCAAUAUUGUGCGGAGCUUCAGUACUGAAGAUGUUGUUUCUCUGGCUUCCCCAGAAGAAAACCCAUUUCAGAAACACAUCUUGCUCUUCAACGUCUCUAUCCCGCGGCACGAAGACGUCACCAGGGCUGAGCUGAGAAUCCACAUAUUCUGUAAUAGGGACAUUGGGCCUCUCCCUAGACUGGAAGGCAACAUGGUAAUUUAUGAUGUUCUGGAUGGAGACCUCUGGGAAAAUCCAGAAGGCACCAACUCAUUCCUUGCCUCCCAAGAUAUCCAGGAAUGUGGAUGGGAAAUGUUUGAGGUGUCCAGUGCUGUGAAAAGAUGGGUCAGGGCAGACAAAUCAAAGACUAAAAACAAGCUUGAGGUUGUUGUUGAGAGGAAAACCCUGGGUGACUUCGCUUGUGGGAAGCUGGACAUCAGUGUUAUGCCCGACACUAAAAAUCUGCCCUUGUUAAUAGUGUUCUCCAAUGACCGAAGCAAUGGGACCAAGGAGACCAGAGUAGAGCUCCGGGAGAUGAUUGUUCAUGAGCAGGAGAGCGUGCUAAAGAAGUUAGCAAAGAACAGCACUUUGCCUGAAGAGGAAGAGGAGGCAGAGGAGAAAUCCUUAUCCGUCACUGGACUCCACCAGCCGUCAUCGAGAAGCAAGAGAAGCACUGGUACCAACCACUGCCGGAGAACCUCCCUCCGUGUGAACUUCAAAGACAUCGGCUGGGAUUCCUGGAUCAUUGCGCCCAAAGAUUACGAUGCAUUUGAAUGCAAAGGGGGCUGCUUUUUUCCUCUGACUGACAAUGUGACCCCGACAAAACAUGCUAUCGUCCAAACCUUAGUGCACCUCAAAAACCCCAAGAAAGCUGCCAAGGCCUGUUGUGUUCCUACCAAACUGGAUUCCAUUUCCAUCCUCUACACUGAUGAUGCUGGGGUACCCACUUUGAAAUAUAAUUAUGAGGGGAUGAAAGUAGCAGAAUGCGGGUGCAGGUAG